AUGAACAGCGUCAACUUCGGCGUCGCCUGGCGUCGCCGUUGGCAAGCCAUUUAUCAUCACCGCGUACAUCCUUCACGGUCUCAACAACGUGGCCUGUUCUCGCUGUCGUCCGAGGCGGGGAAGAGCGCGAGGAGAUCUACGGUCAACUUCAUCCUUGCAUAUCUGCGCGAUGGAACUUACAAGCUUCCCGGACUUGUACUUGGAUCGCAGUCCGGCUUGCCCUUCCUGGGUGCGAGUUCGCGCGGCCACGACCAGCGCUGGGCGCCUGAUCACAUCCUAGCCGCUGACUACCACCAUUACGGGUAUCGCGCCUGGCCCAUCCCCAGUGCCAACCUCAUCUCGAGUCCACCCGCCGGCGGUACACAUAUGGCGCCCGAUCACCUGUCACUUGUGCAAAAGCUGCCGAAUGAUGUCCUAUGCGAACUGUACGAAGUCUGUGCAACUUAUGAUCCUCCCAUGUCAGACCAUCCUGGCAUUGUUAUGUCGACCGAACAUCUGGCGCAGCUAGCACCUACUUGGAGUACUCAACUAUCCAAACCAGUCCUGCAAAAUGACAAGUACAAUCAAUCGAGUUAUGCGACCGUGAACGGCUGGCUUCCAUCCCACAAGCUCGCACUAGGAUGGUUGUCGCUGACACACGUGUGUGCGCACUGGAGAGCCGUCGGUCUGAGCCUGGCUCGACUAUGGGGCGACGUGUUGCCCAUGCUUCCUCACGUCGUCGAGGAGACCCUUGCUCGCUCCCGCGAUGGCCCUGUAUCGUUGGAUAUGGAUGCUGCUUGCAGGGCAUUUGGACGGCUACGUGAGGCACCGUCCUCGCUCCGAGUGUCUGUGUUCCUCCAUGUUGCGCAGCAGCAAAUCGAGCGUGCACAUACCAUCACUUUCCCUCUCGUAUUGAAGGAUAGCUGGCGUCCAUCUCUUCUUCGCGGCGCUCAGCUACCAUACCUCAAAACUCUGCGCAUUGACCCUGCGGACAAGGACGAGCUUCGCGAUCUCGCCUCGUACACGCCAGCGCUAACGCACCUCUCCCUGAGAGGCACUUUUGCAUCAUCUGUGAUCACAUCCUCGCUAAGAUGUAUCAAGAUUACGAAUCUCAUCAUCUCCAGAGAUGUUGGCUCUCUACAUGAUACGAUGCUCCUACAAUCAUUGCGUUCCACGCCAAUGCUAGAGGAGCUCGUUCUAGGGAUGCGCUAUAUCUUCGACAUGGAAGUGCCAAUGUUCGCAUUCAUGCCCAACCCACUCACACCCACUUCGUCCGACCCCAUUUUGUCAAUAGCAUCUGCUAUCACUCUCCCCAAGCUCUCGUCUGCCCAGUUUUCAGCGCCGUCGCGCGCUCUCGUCGAGAUUGUCAGGUUCCUCGACAUGCCGGUCGAUACGGAGCUGAGUCUCGUAGCUCAGCCCCAAGACCAGGACGACGAUCCAGACGAACCAAUCCUGCCGCUCCUCGAUGCCAUCGCCGCACGACUUCGCGAUCCCUCGAUAGAUCACAUGAGUGUCGAUCCAGCUUUGGACGCGGAUGCAUAUUACGUAUGUUUUGCGUCUUCUCCCAUGUCGGAUGGCGAACCUACACCACGUCUCCUCGUGAGAGCACCUGUCAACGCGGGCAUCAAGCGCGAAUUCGGAAGCUUGGCGAACUAUAUCUCUCGAUAUGUCGCCCGGAUGGAUCCUGCAAAUAUCACAACAUUCCAUGGAGGCUCUUACUCGCCGCUCGAGCAGCCUGGCGAUCCAGAGGAAAGUGUGUCCGAGUAUGCGACUCUCCUACGCCAGUUGUCAAAUUUGACUACACUCUCCGUAUCGUGUCUGCCUGGACACUGGCACGACCAGGCGUUCAUCGGCGUCUUGGAGUCCUGUUUCGUCCCAGAGACGCUGGAGACCUUCACGGUCUAUCAUACAGAAGAGUCGGCUGCAGGCAACGAGAUCUUGGGACUGAGAUUCUUCGCUCCAGGGUGGAUCCAGCUUGACGAGACCGAAAGCAGACAACGCUGGAAAGAUAUCGUGUCCAUACUCAGCCGUCGGGCGAACAGCGGUAAACGCUUGAAACGCUUGAUCCUGAAAGGUGCGCGCGGCAACGGAGCGCCGAUCAAAGAGAUUGACGCCCGAGCACUGCGAGAAGCGGCCAUGUUGGUUGAAGAGGUGAUCGAUGAUAGGACUUUUGGAUAG